UUCUGUCAUCUGCUUCAGGACUCCUUUGGGAACCUACAAGUUUUGUCACAGAUGCCACAGCAGCAAGUGUUUCAGCCUAUUACAUACACACAUACAUGCAGACAUGCACACACAGAGACAUGUACAUAGACACCCAUGCACAAAUAAAAAACAGCUCUCUUUCCUAGCAUAAAAUUCAUCUCAUUCAUCUAGAUAAUUGAUGAAAUACAACAGAAUUAAGACAGGAGUGCCAAUAAUUGCAUGAAAGAUAUUGCCCUGUUGCUAAAGAAAAUAUUCAUGUAUUCAUUUAUUCAAGCACCUAUUAUUUAUUGUGCUCUGAGGAUGCCAACAGAUGAGGAAAAACAGACCAGGGAGGAGCAUAUGUCCAUUUGGCCAAGGCAUAUUAGAUAUGCUCUACUUCAGCGUUUCUCAAAUAAGGGACAGAGGAACAUCUGCACCCACUCUCCUAAAAUAUGGAUUCCUGGGUCUCAUUCCCUGCUGAAGCGGAAUUUCUAUUUCACUUGAAUUUUGCCAUAAAACUAUGGCUUGGGCACUAUGAGUUGUCCCACUUUAGGGAUGAGAAAACAAGCAUGGGUGGGUUAAAAUGAAUUGGCCAAGGUCACAUCGCUAAGCUAGAAAUGAGAACUCAUGCAUAAUUCCCAAACCCACUCUCUUAGCCCCUUAACAUUAUACACUUCAUUCUAGACCAUUUUAAAGCUCUUUUCCCCAGUACUGAAACAUACAAGACCCUCACUACUCCAAGUGCAGUCUGGCAUCAUCAGCGUCACCUGCGGGUUUGUUAGGAGUGCAAAUUCUUGGAUCCCACCCCAGAUGUACUGUAUCGAAAUCUGCAUCUUAAAAAGACCUCCAGGAAGUUUGUGUGCACUUGAAAGCUUGAGAAGUUGCUCCAGAUUAUUGAUUAAUGCAAACACAGAAAGCAGAGUAAUUCUUGUAACUCCCAGAACCUUUCUAGAGGAGUUUUUCUUGUUAAGCAUCUAGUUAUUUGACUGAACAACUCAAACCGCGAGAGGGUAACAGGAAUAAAUCCUAGUGUCUGCUGCCACCUUGUGGUGAGAAGUUCCAUCACAGGCAGAAUUCGCUCUUCACCACGAAAUAAAUGGGGCAAUGUUGGAAGGGAGGGGUGGAUCAGGUCCUCAAUUUAGCAAUGUACUUUGAGAGACCACUGCAAAAUUCCAAGAUGUAAUGAAAACCACCCUUGGGGUACAUUUUGAGAUGUCCAAACAACAACUGGCCUUGUCAUAUGUGUCCCACAGGACACAGAGAACAUUCACCAGCUGUAACUGAGAGAUCUAACAGAAGCUCAACUUGUGUUAAUCAACGUAUCGUUGGUAUUCCUAUAGGUCCCUACCACUUCAGAGUUCAAAUACGCACUUCUGAAUGUGGUGGUCAAUUAGUGCAUGGGUGUUUUUUGUUGUUGUUGUUGUUUGAUUUUUUUUUUCUAUCCAAAUGCCAGCAUUGAGGCAAUCAGAUCAUCAUUUCUGUAUUUGCCUUGUUCAAGAAUCUGUGAAGUGUUCCACAAAGGUCCAUGGAAUUUCACACAGCUCUGUCAAAUACAUCACUGGUGACCUCUGUGAAGUUGUAAACAGGGCCAGUCCCACAAAUAAUGUCUCUAACACCUGGAAGGGAAUAAGGGAAAGAUUCUAAAAAUUUCCUACAUAUUUUAUUCCGAAUAGCCCACACCUUGACAGUACAUUCAGUCACUGGAUGAUUUUGUAUUGAAGUCUGUAAGUUCAAGAACUAAAACAAUCCAAAACGGCUACUACAGGUGAAGUUGAGAGCAAUGGCCCAACCUCAGCUGUAUCUACCAGAACCCUUUAAGAUUGCCUACAGAAAAGUUGGACAGUGCCGAAGAUUCCAGCAACUCAAGAAGAAAAAUGGCUCAUUCAAAAGGAAGGGGAUAGAAAGAUGGCAUAGAGCUGUGUUUACCAACUUACUGAAACAAAAUGAAUUGGUCCCUAAAGAGGAAUCAUCCAGUGAUAGUGACAUGGGAUUUCAUGAAAGCCAGCAAAAUCAGAAAAGUAAUUUGAAGACGAAAGUGAAGACUGCUUUUGGGAGGAUGCUGUCCUACAAGUAUAGAAGCAAGCCAGCAUGUGCCAGCCAACAGGGCUCCACUGACCAUAAGGAAGUCCUCCUGUCAAACACGCAGAGCCUUCUCCCUAGGAUUGUCAAGGAGUUUUCAUCUCCCAAGUUAUUUACAGCAAAAAUGAGAAAGCUCUCAGAGAAUGCGACUAUACAACUUGAUGUUGUAGAGGCAGAGACAGAGGAGAUAACCCAGGGAAACACACUCCUUCGGGCCAGGAGAACCACCAAGCGGUUAUCUGUGACAUCUCUUCCUUCAGGACUGCAAAAGGGGCCAUAUUCGCCAAAAAAGAGACCACACUUUCCAGCACUUAAAAAAAAGAAGCGUGGCAUGGAAAACAUCCUUCGAAAAUCAGAUUUGACAGUAGGAAAGCUUCAAAUGCAGGUGGAUGACCUCAUAGAAACAGUGACUGAUAAAUCCAUGAAGCUACUGGCCCAAAGACAUGCUGAGCUUCAACAGUGUGAGUUUCUGGGGGAUGAAAUUCUUCAGUCUUCUAAACAGUUCCAGAGGAUAUCCAAGAGAACCAUGAGGAAGUAUAAAUUAAAAAAUGUGUGUUUCCCAUGUACCUGCUGCUGCUUCUGACUUUGUUCCUGAUUCUUUAAAAGUUAUCUUCCCUAGGCUGGGCGUGGUGGCUCACGCCUGUAAUCUCAGCACUUUGGGAGGCCGAG